AUGAUCUCUGAGUUUAGCAAAUUACUGAUUAUGGAAUACAAUGAGAAGGGAUGUAAUCCGCAUUUAUUCAUUGUGGAGAUAUGCCGUCCCUUUCCCUGGCCGCAAACAAGGCAGAUGGUGCAUCGAAAAAUCACAACAGCGAACCACCUGGGCAAUGUUUCGGGAAAUCAGGAAUCGAGCUCCCACCUAACUUGCAGGGAUCGUGACUUAGAAAUUCUAAGUCCGAUUAAGUCCGAAGUGGGAUGCAUCCUAAACUCCGAAAAAGCCGAAGGUGCAGUCAAGCAACUGCAAGAGUCUAGCACUGAUGGCUCUUUGACGCCCAUUGUUAUCGACCUUGACCAAGACGAAUCUAUCACUACCGCGGCCAAGUUCGUUGAAGAGAGUUUCGGAUCGCUGGAUAUUCUUAUCAACAACGCCGGCAUCAACAGAUCGUCCGACCCAAACGCUACUCUACGUGAGAGCUACCGAGCUGUGUUUGAAACAAAUGUAUUCGGCGUGGCAGUGAUGACUGCAACUUUCCUACCACUCCUACGCGCCUCGAAGUACCAUGACCGACGUAUUGUGAACGUAACGAGCGGCCUUGGUCAAAUUGGCAUCGCGUACUCGCCAACUUCAGAAUAUAAUGCUAAGAUGUGGGAGCUGCCCGUCUACCGUGGUAGCAAGUCUGCGCUCAAUAUGAUUAGUGCUGUUAAUGCUAUCAAUCUCGAGAAGGAGAACAUUCUCGCUGUUCUAGCUGCCCCAGGCUUCUGUCGCACCAACUUCGGAGGUGGCCAGGGCGUUAAAUCAGCAGAGGAGGGGGCUCGGCCUAUCCUGCGGGCUGCUACUGAGGGUUCGCCAAAAGAACUAUUUGGAAAGCUUGUGGACGAUGAGAACACGUUGGUCGAGUUCGGCUGGUAG